AUGUCGCAGCGUCACGGUGUCGUCGACUCUGUGGGAAGCAAGGCCAGCGAGGUCGCCAUGGAGGACUUCAGCAAGGCAAGACUGCUCGUCAGUGAUGCUGCAAAGAGCGGCUCGUACAUGUACGUCUCAAGAAUUCUCGGCAUCGUGUACUUCUUUGGCCAUCGGGCCUUGUGGAGGCCAUUCUGGAGCAAGCUCGGCCCCACGCUGGGCCUGAGUGCCGGGGUCCUGGCCGGCAUGUUUGCUUUCGCCUACCUGCCCCAGCUGGCUGUCAUGGUCUUCGUCGACGGUCCCAUCGCAGUCCUGUCGACCGUCCUGCUCGUUCUCAAUGAAAGCUCCACCAUUGUCUCCAUGCUGUCCCGCACCUGGAUCCUGCAGGACGCCCUGCUCGACACGUUCGACGGGACGCUGGUGGCGAGAAAUUCCACCAACCUUGUCAAGAACGGCAGAGAGCUCAAAUCCGGCAGUGACCCUAUCGCCAAGCUGGGCAAGAUCCUCAAGAGCCCCUUUGACCGCUUCAGCCCCAAAGCCAUCAUCCGAUACCUGAUGUACCUGCCCUUCAACUUCAUCCCUGUUGUGGGCACCGCCGUCUUCAUCGGUCUACAAGGCCGGACACGUGGAAAGACUGUUCAUGAUCGAUAUUUCCAACUCAAGAGAUGGUCCUCUUCUCAAAGGUCAGAGUGGGUGCAGAAGAAUGUCGGUGCAUACACAGCCUUCGGCACUGUUGCUACGCUUCUGGAAAUGGUUCCCUUCGUGGGCAUCUUCUUCUCCUUCACAAAUACCGUCGGAGCCGCUCUGUGGGCUGCGGACAUCGAAGCCAAGAACACGUCUAUGAUGGAGACGACAGCACCUGAGCUGCGGGAAGCGGCUGAAAAUGCCGAGUGAGUGCCACCAGAGGUGCCGCAAUUCGAGGUUUUUGGGCUGCACGAUUAGUUCAGGUGCCACAGUAUAAACGAGAGACACGGCUGCAGGUUUGACAGGUUGCUUGUGUGACAGCAGAAAACGAACCUUUCGAUACUCGUUUAUUUGAAGAGCAAUACAAAGCCUUUUGACC